UCGAACCCCUCCUCGCCGUCGUCCAAUGCGAUGAGCACAUCCACAGGCCUUUCACGACGUCGCGUCAACCCCUCCUCCGGCGACAACUCCACCGAAUCCUUCACCAAUGGCCACACAUCCUCAGGUUCGAACGGGACCGCAGCGGCGGCAUCCUCAGCUUCGCCGGUAGGGGUCCACGCCGGCUCUGCGUUCGCGGGCGGGAGCAAGAUUGCGUAUGACCCACGAGACUUGGAGAGGGACGAUGAGGAACUGAGGACGGGUGGGAAGAUGCCGAAGCUGACGAUUAUGGAGGAAGUGCUGUUGCUUGGGCUGAAGGACAGGCAGGGCUAUCUGUCGUUUUGGAACGACAACAUCUCGUACGCGCUUCGGGGAUGUAUACUCAUCGAGCUCUCGCUCCGGAGAAGAAUAGCGAUGUACAAGGACCCGAACCGACGACGGCUGCCGCUCUCGGAACGACUGGUGCAGGUGAUAGACGACAGGCAGACGGGCGAGACGUUGCUCGACGAGGCGCUCAAGAUGAUGAAGGCGCAGGAGGCCGUAGAGCGCAUGUCUGUCAAUUCAUGGAUUGAUUUACUUUCGGGCGAAACAUGGAACGUCCUCAAAAUCGGCUACCAGCUCAAACAAGUCCGCGAACGGCUCGCAAAAGGCCUCGUCGACAAAGGCGUCCUCCGCACCGAAAAGCGCAACUUCCUCCUCUUCGACAUGGCCACCCACCCCGUCGCCGACGUCCGCACCAAAGACGCCCUCGUCACGCGCGUCGUAUCCCUCCUCACCGCUACGACGUCCACCGUCCCCGCCACCGCGCUCGAUCGCGACGAGCAGGUGCAGAUGCGUACGAUGCGCAGCGUGUGUCUGGUUUGUGCGGCUUAUGCGGCUUCGGUGCUUGAUAAUGCGUUUGGGAGGUUGGGGUAUGAGGAGAGGGAGGCGGCGUUUGCGAGGUGCGAUGAUAUUUUGGCGGAGUUUGCGGUUUGGCCGUUUGGCGCGACUGGCUCAGGUUCAGGGUCGGGGUCGGCUCCUGGUCCUGGCGGUGUAGUGGGGGCGGGAGCGGUGCCGGGGGCGACGCCGAGAAGGAGGGCGGAGAAUGGAUCGAGGAUCGGGAUGGGCGGGGUGGGGAAUGGGAGGGAGGCGGUGUUGGGGUUGAUGCAGGAGGUUAGGAAGGAGAUGAGUGGGGGGGACGAAGAUUUGGGGGGUGAGCUUGUCGCGGCGGUCUUGGAGGUGUUGAGUAAGUUGGAUUCGUUGUUGUGAUGGUUUUCGCGGAAGUGGAUGUUGGAUAGACAGUGUGGGGCGCGGGAGGGAGGGAUGUGGCGUGCAUACGCAUACACACACGAACUACUAGGGGCGAGUUCGUGAUUCUUUCUCUUGAUUCAGAUUCGAUCUUCUUGUUCAUCGUCUUCGUUUUCGUUCUUCAAUUGAGCAUCGUCGGAGGUUCCUCGUCAUUGUAUGUUUCUGGGCUAUCUUCCUCUUCACACUCUUCCUCAUCCCCCUCCUCCUUCUCUUUCUUUGUUUUUUUUUUUGUUCUUUGUUUGCCUUUCUUUCUUUGUGUUUCGUUUUUUUCGUCGUAAUUAUUUGAGCGCGUUCGGCUCGUCGCUCGACCGUUGACAGUCACGUAACAUAUCAUAACAUACCUCAGCCUGAUACUGAACGUUGUCUGAAC